AUGGUGGGCAAUAUGCUUUCCAAUGGGCUGUUGCUCGUGCAGCUCUUUGCAGCUUUGGCCUUGGGGAAGUCAACUUCCACCCCGCUCUACAAGGAUGCUAGUGCUCCGGUGGAAAAGAGAGUGAAGGAUUUGCUGGGCCGGAUGACUAUUGAGGAUAAGAUGAGUCAAUUGAUACAAGGCGAUGUCACGAAUUGGAUGAAUUCAACAUCGGGAGAGUUCAACUACACUGGUCUGGUGGCGAACAUGGAAAUGAAGGCAGGGAUGUUUUAUGUUGGGUACCCCGUUGCUUGGGAUUGGAUUUCGGACAAUAUCAAGAGAGGCCAGGACUAUCUACUCCAAAACACGACUUUAGGAAUUCCUGCUAUUGUUCAAACUGAAGGUAUCCAUGGCUUCUUGAUCGGUAAUGCUACCAUCUUCAAUUCACCUAUUGCAUAUGGAUGCUCGUGGAACAGGGAUCUCAUCGAAAAAAUGGCAGAGAUCGUUGGGCAAGAAGCUAAAGCACUCGGUAUUAGCCAGCUAUUUGCCCCUGUUGUCGAUCUCGCUCGUGAGCUUCGAUACGGCCGAGUCGAGGAAACUUUCUCCGAGGACCCCUACCUCGCCGGCGAAGUCGGCUACAGCUACGUCAAAGGAGUACAAAGCAAAAAUGUCUCAUCAAUGGUCAAGCACUUUGCCGGCUUCAGUGCCCCGGAGCAGGGAAUCAACACUGGUCCAGUCCACGGUGGCGAGCGAGAGCUCCGAACAACAUGGCUUCCCUCGUUCAAGCGUGCUAUCAUUGAUGCAGGCGCUUGGUCUAUCAUGGCUGCAUACCACUCAUAUGAUGGCAUUCCAGCAGUCUCCGAUUACCACACCCUCACGGAGAUCCUCAGAAAAGAAUGGGGAUAUGAAUACUUCGUUAUGACAGAUGCAGGUGGUAGCGACAGACUAUGCAGCUACUUCAAAAUGUGCGAGAGUGAUCCCAUAGACAAGGAAUCCGUUACCACGCAGCUUCUGACUGCUGGAACCGACGUCGAGAUGGGAGGUGGUUCAUUCAAUUUCCAAAAGAUCCCAGAGCUUGUCAAGUCUGGCAAGCUCGAUAUCUCAGUCGUAAACACUGCUGUAUCCAGGCUGCUGCGAGCUAAGUUUGAAAUGGGUCUCUUUGAGAAUCCAUAUCCUGCGGCGCCGGAGAAUCAGUGGGAGAAGCUUAUCCACAGUAAGAAGGCCGUGGAACUUGCAAGAGAACUAGACAAGGAGUCUAUCGUUUUGCUGGAGAACCAUAACGAGACUUUGCCUCUGAAGAAAUCGGGCAAUAUUGCAGUUAUCGGGCCUAUGGCUGAUGGCUUUAUGAACUAUGGAGACUACGUUGUCUACAAGAGUCAGUACCGGGGUGUCACCCCACUAGACGGCAUCAAGGCUGCAGUAGGAGACAAGGCCCAGAUCCACUAUGCGCAAGGAUGCGAGCGCUGGAGCAAUGACCAGUCUGGGUUCGACGCUGCGAUCGAAGCAGCCAAGAAAUCAGACGUCGCUGUCGUGGUCGUCGGAACCUGGUCUCGCGACCAAUUCGAGCUCUGGCAAGGACUGAACGCAACAACGGGCGAACACGUUGACGUAGAUGAUCUCUCCCUCGUCGGCGCCCAAGGACCCCUAAUCAAAGCCAUUGCCGACACAGGCGUUCCCACAAUCGUGGUUCUAUCUAGCGGCAAGCCCAUCACAGACACCUGGAUCUCAAACAGCACCUCAGCACUCGUACAACAAUUCUACCCCUCCGAACAAGGCGGCAAUGCGCUCGCCGACGUCCUCUUCGGCGACUACAACCCGUCCGGCAAGCUCUCCGUCAGUUUCCCGCGUUAUGUUGGCGACCUCCCAAUCUUCUACGACUAUUUGAAUUCCGGUCGCUCAAUCGGCGAUUCUGGCAAAGAGCUCAGCAACGGCACGCUUGUCUUCGGGCACCAGUAUGUUCUCGGUAACCCGACGCCGUGGUACCCCUUCGGCUAUGGGAAGAGUUAUUCGAGCUUCAAGUAUGGUGCUGUGAAGGUGGAUAAGAGUUCUGUCUCGGCGUCUGAUAGUACUGUCACUGUUAGUGUGGAUGUGAUGAAUACCCAUGCUACGCGGGAGGGCACAGAGGUUGUGCAGGCUUAUAUCCAGGAUGAGAUUGCUUCUGUUGUUGUGCCCAAUCGGCAGCUGAAGGGCUUUGAAAAGGUUGUUAUUCCGGCGGGGAAGACGAAGACUGUGAAGAUUCCGAUCAAGAUUCAGGAUAUUGGAGUUUGGAAUUCGAGGAUGAAGUAUGUUGUUGAGCCUGGAAGGUUUACUGUGCUUGUUGGGAGUAGUUCGGAGGAUAUUCGUGGGAACUCAACUUUUACUGUUAGGUAG